GAAACUGUUAAUUGUUUGUUGUUACACUGUUGUGGUGGAGUUUUGAUGUGGUUUUACCCCAGCCAGCAGCUGAGCACCACACAGCCACUCGCUCACUCCCCCUUGUCAGGAUGGGGGAGAGAAUUAGAAGAGUGAAAGAGAGAAAACUUAUGGAUUGAGAUAAAGACAGUUUAAUAAGUAAAACAAAAGCCACACACGCAAGCAAAGCAAAGCAAGGAAUUCAUUCCCCACUUCCCAUGGGCAGGCAGGUGUUCAGCCAUCUCCAGGAAAGCAGGGCUCCAUCAUGUGUAACGGUUACUUGGGAAGACAAAUGCCAUCACUCCGAACAGCUCCCGCUCGGUCCCAUCCUUCCUCUUGCCCAAGCCCCUUAUAAACUGAGUAUGAUGUCAUGUGGUAUGGAAUAUCCCUUUGGUCAGUUUAGGUCAGCUGUCCUGCCUGUGUCCCCUCCCAACUCCUUGUGCAUGCCCCUCAGCCACUCCCCUGGCAGGGUGGUGCAAGAAGCAGAAGAGGCCUUGGCUCUGUGUAAGCACUGCUCAGCAACAACAGAAACAUCUCUAUAUUACCAACGCUGUUUCCAGCAUGCAUCCAAAACAUAGCCCCAUACUAGCUACUAUGAAGAAAAUUAACUCUCAGCAGAAACCAGGACAGGUUUACGUACUAUCUUAUUCCCAAUACUCUUUACAGAAGCUUCCAUUUUCUGAGAGAGUCUGCCAUGUGAAUAUAGUUCAAAAUACAUUUCUAUGUCUUUCAAGAUUGGAUGAAUGCCUUGGGAGAGGUAUAUACUCUUUUUUGCUUUCUGGAGUAUUUUUUUUGAAAGUAAACCAAGGUCUAUCUUCCCAAAUGCUGCUUCAGGAACCUACAGGCAUUGGCUAGCAUCAGUCAUAUUGCCCAUGUUAUGGUAACAACUAAAACAGCUGAUGCAAAGUGUGCAUACAGAGCUACUUACAGUGAUGGAAAAAUUAAAGCCCCUCCGAAACCCUGUGCUGGAAACCAAGGAACUCAGAUCACGGUUGAAGAUCUCUUUUACAAUGUAAAUACAAGGAGGAAAGCUUUAAAAAAUCCAAACGAAGAAUAUGCAAAAAUACUAGAAGUUGUUAGCAGGUAUGCCAUCCAUAACUCUGGCAUCAGCUUUUCAGUUAAAAAGCAAGGUGAUACAGUGUCAGAUGUUAGAACCUUAUCAAACGCCUCAACGGUGGACAACAUUAGGUCUGUCUUUGGAAAUGCUGUUAGCAGGGAACUGAUAGAAGUGGGCUGUGAAGAUGCAAAUCUGGCCUUUAAAAUGAAGGGCUACAUCACGAAUGCAAACUACUCUGUGAAGAAAUGUAUAUUUUUACUCUUCAUAAACCAUCGAUUGGUAGAGUCAGCCGCUUUGCGGAAAGCCAUAGAAACUGUGUACGCUGCUUAUUUGCCAAAAAGCACGCAUCCAUUCCUAUACUUAAGCUUAGAAAUAGCCCCCCAGAAUGUAGAUGUGAACGUGCACCCUACAAAACAUGAGGUCCAUUUCCUUCAUGAAGAUAGUAUUCUGGAGCGUGUGCAACAACACGUAGAGAGCAAGUUAUUGGGGUCUAAUUCUUCAAGGAUGUACUUCACUCAGACACUGCUUCCAGGGAAUGACUGUUCUUCCAGUGAGGUUGUAAAAUCAGCAGCAAACUCUUCUGCGGCUACCAAAGGAAACGGUGAUAAAGUUUACGCGCAUCAGAUGGUCCGCACUGAUUCCCGAGAGCAGAAAUUGGAUGCUUUUCUUCAGCCAGUGAACAACCCCCUAAGUACAGGCCCCACUGAAGUGAUGACAGAGGUUAACGCAGGACCUCCGGAGGGUGCGGUCAGGCCACAGGAUGCUGAAAUGGAAGAUGUCAGUGAUCUAGUUGAAAUGGUUGAUAUUCAGGAGGACACUGCGAUGCCUGGGGAGCUGAGCAAGAGUGGAUGCUCAUCUCCUGAGACAGUGCCUCCUCGAAAGAGGCCACGGGAAGAUGUGGACAUGCAAAUGGAGAAAGGUGAGACAAGAAAGGACAUGACUGCUGCCUGCACCCCUAGAAGAAGAAUUAUCAACUUGACCAGUAUAUUGACACUCCAGGAAGAAAUUAAUAACCAGGCACAUGCAAAUCUCCAGGAGAUGCUCCAUGAUCACUCCUUUGUUGGCUGUGUCAGUCCUCAGUGGGCUCUGGUGCAAUAUCAGACAAAACUGUAUCUUCUCAAUACAACGAAACUCAGCCAAGAACUCUUCUACCAGAUACUUAUUUAUGACUUUGCAAACUUUGGAGUCUUAAGGUUGUCUGAGCCAGCUCCUUUAUAUGAGCUUUCAAUGCUUGCUUUAGAGGAUCCUGAAAGUGGCUGGACAGAAGAAGAUGGCCCAAAAGAGGGGCUUGCUGAGUACAUUGUGGAGUUUCUGAAAAAGAAGACUGAGAUGUUGAAAGAUUAUUUUUCUCUUGAAAUUGAUGAGGAAGGAAACCUAAUUGGGUUACCACUUCUGAUAGACAACUAUGUUCCGCCGCUGGAAGGACUGCCGAUGUUUAUCCUUCGCUUGGCCACAGAGGUAAACUGGGAUGAAGAAAAGGAAUGUUUUGAAAGCCUAAGUAAAGAAUUAGCUAUGUUCUACUCCAUUAGAAAGCAGUAUCUAAUAGAUGAAGCCAACUUGACAAACUCACAGGAUGAAGAUUCUGACUCUGGUUCAACAACAUGGAAAUGGACUGUGGAACAUGUACUUUACAAAGCUUUUAGGACUCAUCUUUUACCUCCUAAACACUUCUCAGAAGAUGGCAACAUUUUGCAGCUUGCUAACCUGCCUGACCUAUAUAAAGUUUUUGAGAGAUGUUGAGCAAGUUGUUAUUUGUACAAACUGGUGCACAUCUAAAAACACAUUCAUGCUAGGCUGUUUUACUUGGAGGAUAAAGCUGAAAUCUUGAUGGAGGAGCAUGAAUGUUUUUUCUUCCUUGUACUGCCCCCCCCGGCAAUACUGUCACUAAAGUUACUACUGGAGUCACAUCUUCCUGAGCCAACCAGACCAGCAAGGGGGAAGUGACUGCACAGAGUAUAACAACUGAGCAACCAAGAAAAUGAAAUUUGAAGUGAGCAACUGGCCGGAGCUGGAUUUGACCAACAUAUUACUUGCUGGCAAUGGAGAGCACCCAGUGUUCAGAUGGUGGAGCACGUAGGGACGGGUAAUGGAAUCACAUUUGUAUUGUGAUUCUGCUGUAUAUUGCCCUUGCUAUAGUGUGCUUGUCUGGUGAUUUCAGCAUACUGCUGUAUCACUCUUCUAAAUCCAAAUCACAGGUAAAGCCUAAUAUAUCAAAUUUAUUUUAUAUUAAACAUGAAAAACUCCCUCUAUGGAACAUCUAACA